AUGUCUGUCAACACAGAAAUCGAAAAGGAAACUCCCGUUGAUGUCAACGUCCAUGACAAAGAUCAUAAUGCGCCAUCAAACGGGUUGCUCGGCGAGAAGUCGCCGGGUGUCGUUCGAAUCGAGGCCUUGAAUGCUCACAUGUCUUUCAUCAACCGCUGCUGUAUCUUCUUCGGCCUCUUCCUUGUCGCGUAUGCUUAUGGACUCGACGGAACGCUGAGGGGUGUUUAUCAGCCUUAUGCUACUGCUGGUUUCAAUGAUCAUUCGCUAUUGGCCACCAUCAAUGUUCUCAGAAGUGUCAUUGCCGCUGCCGCCCAGCCUACUGCAGCCAAGAUUGCUUCUAGCCAUAGCGUUGAAGCGUUCUGUGCCGGUGCUGUUUUUUAUCAAGUCGGCUACACGGUGGUCAUCGUCUUGAUUGAGAUCAUUAUUGCUGAUGUCACGUCUCUCCGUUCUCGACUAUUGGCCUCUUACGUCCCUGCGAUCCCAUUCUUGAUUAACACAUGGGUCAGCGGAGACAUCAGCCAGCAGGCCGUCAAGAAUAUCGGAUGGCGCUGGGGUGUGGGAAUGUGGUGCAUCAUCUACACCGUCAGCUGCAUUCCUCUGAUCCUGUCUCUGAUGUGGGCGAGCUUUAAAGCGAAGAAGAGCGGAGCCUUGGAGAGCUACAAGACCCCCUACCAAUUGCACGGUGGCAAGAACCUGAUUGUUGCUCUAUUCUGGGCACUCGACGUUCCAGGCAUCAUUUUGAUGAUUGCAGUCUUCGGAUGUAUCUUGGUUCCUUUCACUCUUGCUGGUGGCGUUCAAUCUCAGUGGGGAACAGCCAAGGUCAUUGCACCUUUGGUCAUCGGCAUUCUUUGCGUACCCGUCUUCAUUUUCUGGGAGCGCAAGGCUCCUCACCCUAUGAUCCCAUUGCAUCUAUUGAAAGAUCGUGCUGUCUGGGGCGCCCUCGGUAUUGCAUGCACCCUCAACUUCACCUGGUACAUGCAGGGUGAUUUCCUAUACACCGUCCUCGUCGUCGCCUUCGACGAGUCGAUCAAGAGCGCCACCCGCAUCUCUUCCCUCUACAGCUUCUCGUCCGUCGUCACCGGUCUCAUUCUCGGUGCCAUCGUGUUCCGAGUCCGCCGUCUCAAACCCUUCAUCGUUGCAGGAACCGUAUUGUUCAUGGUCGCAUUCGGUCUCUUGAUCCACUACCGCGGUGGCACAGGCGAUGCAUCUCACUCUGGUAUCAUCGGCGCGCAGAUCUGCCUCGGUAUCGCAGGAGGCAUGUUCCCGUACCCAGCGCAAGCCAGCAUCCAAGCUGCUACUAAGCACGAGCAUGUCGCCAUCGUCACUGGUGUCUACCUCGCAACCUACAACAUCGGCAGCGCGCUCGGAAACACCGUCUCCGGCGCCAUGUGGCAGCAAAUCAUCCCCGGCGAGCUCGAGCGCAAGACCGGAAACUCCACACUCGCUGCCACCGUGUACGCCGAUCCGUUUACCUUCGCUACCACCUAUCCCGUUGGAACUCCCGAGCGUGAUGCUGUCAUCGAGGCAUACCGACAUGUCCAGCGUCUCCUUUGCAUUGCGGGUAUUUGCUUGUCGUUGCUGUUGAUUGGCUUCUCGCUCGCCAUUCGCAACCCGAAGCUCGGCAAGGAGCAGAGCUUGGAGAAUGCGGAGGAGAGGCCAGAGAAGGGCACUCAGGAGAAGAGGGGUGUUUGGGGUUGGUUGAAGAACUGA